GCAGAAGCAGCGACGCCUCCUCAGUGGAACUGACUUGCAAUAGCGAGCUUUCUCUGCUGCACAUUUGUGGCUUCUGUGGACAUAUUAGUAACCAGCGGUUUUAGCUCCCAGUCUCACAGAGUUGCCAGAGAGGUUAGAAGUCAUUUGAAAAGCCUAUUAGCCGAAUCUUUCUGAUCCAGAAGGCCAGCUGGCUUCUCCUGAGCUACUUUCAAUUCGCAGCAACCACUGAUCCUGGUCCAGGUGACUGGGGAAGACGCUGAGGGUAUAAACCCAAACAUUGAACCUGAAGACCCAGCGCAAAGUAGAAACUGAAAGUACCCUGCUUAGUCUGCCGGCAGAUCCUACGGAAGUUAUGGCAAAGCCAGAGCGCCUGGGUGGCCGGUGAUGCAUGCGGCCCCUCUUGGGAUGGAUGGACCAGGCGUGGCGUGGGUGAGAGGAGUCAGCUGCCUGAACUGCCCUGCCCAGCACCGGUUUGCGGCCACCCGGUGGAUGACCGGGGUCCUGGGAGUGAUUAUGGGUGGUGAGAGCCGGCUCCUGCUGCAGUCCCAGUCAUCAUGACUACACCCACCUCCCGCAGACCAUGUUCCAUGGUACUAGCGAACCAAAAACAUUUGAGGGAGUACUUAUCAGAAACCAAAUAAAAGAUGUGGAGACCUGAGAGACUGCCCAAGAAAAUGAUGGAAGGCUGCCAAGGUGCCCCUGCAGGAGCUCACUGUACAGCUAGAGACACCGCAUCCCUGUCUUCUUUGCAAUGCCCUGGGUUCUGAAAUUGCCUUUCACUUUAACCCUUGGAUUACCUACAACCUGGAGAGAUAAAAGGACAAAGGAAAAGCAAAGGUGUAAUUUAAACGAGGAGGCUUUUCCCAUUGAGAUACAUCCAUAUCGGACAUGCCUUAUUUUCUUAGUAAAGAAAAUAUGAAAAUAUUAAACUCACGGGAGUUAAAUUUCUUUUAGAUAUAUCUUUGGAAUUCCUCCACUGAUCCUUGUUCUGCUGCCUGUCACAUCAUCUGAGUGCCACAUUAAAGACAAAGAAGGUAAAGCAUAUGAGAGUGUACUGAUGAUCAGCAUCGAUGAAUUGCUAUUUUCCUGAGAUGAUGUAAUUUCCAAGGAGGAAUUUGAUGGGAAGAAUGACUUUAAGAAUGCUCUCACUUGGGAGAGAGUUUACACCCAACUGACCAUGGAUCUCACCACAGGGACAAAAUGACAGGAACUGAUAGUAAUUGCCCGAAUAAUGAACCAAACUUUUUUAGAAAACAUGUAUGUGAUGAUACAAAGGAAGCUGCUUUUCUAAAUCGUGCUGCUCGCAAGUUGAAGCAAUUUCUUAAAAUGAAUAUCAGUGAAGAAUUCAAUGUCCACUUACUAACAGUAUCACAAGGCACACAAACACUGGUGAACUGCACAAGUAAGGAAGAAAAAAACGUAAAGGAACAGAAAAAGAAUGAUGCAUGUUUCCUAAAGAGACUACUGAGAGAAAUAAAAACUUGUUGGAAUAAAAUUUUGAAGGGCAGUAUAUAAACAGGACAUGUAGUAACAACCUCCAAGAAUCUACUGGUUCAUAUACUUGGAGAGGUUGAAACCCUUCCAGAAGUUCCUGGAUGCCUCCUGCUCAAAUAAGCCAAGCAGCUGAGAAAUCUACAGUGAGGUAUGAGAUGAUGGACACAGAAAUGCAGCUGACUGCUGCCGUCAGCAUAUACAUAUAAAGAUAUAUCAACUAUACAGAUUUUUGUAAUGCAAUCAUGUCAACUGCAAUGCUUUUAAAACCGUUCCAAAUGUUUCUAACACUACAAAGUCUACAAAAAGCAAGGCUAUGAAGAUUCAGAGUCACCACUGUUUUCUUAGCAAAAUGAUGGUAUGGUUAAACAUUCAUUGGUGAACCACUGGGGGAGUGGAACUGUCCUGUUUUAGACUGGAGAUACUGGAGGGCUCACGGUGAUGGAUAAUGCUCUUGAAAACAAGAGUCUAUCUUAAAGCAGCAGCAAAAAGAAGCUUAAGGCACUUAAGGCAUCAACAAAUGUAGUUAAAUAUGAAUGUAUAACACAUAACUUCAGUAAAGAGCAUAGCAGAUAUUUUUAAAUAAAAGUAUUUUUAAAGAUAGAAAUGCACUUAUUCCAAAGAUACUGAACCUUAGUAUUCAGUCGCUUUUGACACUUGUGUAUAAUAAAGCUUAUAUAACUGAAUUUUCAAUUUGAAAAGUAUAUUUUUAAAAGAAUAAUAUAUGCUAGACUUUUAAUUAAUGUAUAUGUUUAAUUUUGGCAUUCUGUCUGUCUCUCUGUCUCUCUCUCUCUCUCUCUCUCUCUCUACCUAUCUAUCUAUAUAUAUAAUUUUCAUAUACUACCAAUUGCGUACUUUGGAUAGUGUCUCUUUUUAACCUAAAUGACCUUUAUUAACACUGUCAGGUUCCCUUACUCUCGAGAGUGUUCAUUGCUGCACUGUCAUUUGAUCCCAGUUUUAUUGAACACAUAUCCUUUAACACACUCACGUCCAGAUUUAGCAGGAGACUAGGACCCUAUAACUUUGUUAAGAGAGAAAACACUAAUUUCUUGUUUUAUAGUAGGGUCUUAUUCGUAUCUAAGGCAGGCUAGGAUUGCAGACAUGAGCCAAUAUGCUUAAUUAGAAACAUUCUUUUUAUGUUAAACUCAUGUCUUUUACAAGAUGCCUACAUAUAUCCUAUGUAUAUGCCUGUUUAAAUCCUUUUUUGUAAGGUCUGCUGUCUUCCUUCAGUUGUAAUGGAAAGAAACACUAUGUUGUAGAGGCCAAAUUUCUGAAAGUGAUAAGGGUUUGCUUGUACUGAAUUCUCAUUCUCCUUGCUUUUUCCAGCCACGUGAGCAUCUAGCUAUCUAUACGCUGGAUGUAUUUGACCGAUGCCUGCUCCACUGGCACAUUGCAUGUGUGGUAGCCAUGCCUUCUUGCUUCUCCUUUUCCCCAACCCCUAUAAUGCUCUACUCAGUGGUACAGAUAGCUGGGAUUAUCACAAUUUUGAGAGAAACACCAAUUGUUUAAAGUUUGUUUCAUAAUCACCAUUUGCCCAGAAAACAGUUCUCUCAACUUGUUUGCAACAUGUAAUAAUUUAAGAAACUCAAUUUUGUUAAUGGACUUUCGAUAACUUCCUUAGAUAUCCCACAUCUCCUACGUGUCAGUCCUUUGUCCUGAGGAACUGGUAAAAUGGGUAAGCCCUUAGCUAGCGAACUGAAGGCAUUCGCAUGUGUAAGAUAAUCUCUAUACCUGCAAGGCUGUCUGGAUGGCUCCCUACCAAUAUUGAACAAUAUUCUGAUUUUGGCAAAAUAAAGGAUAAUAUUUUAAAAUGCUUAUUAAAAGUUUUAAAAAUUU